CUGCGCCGCGGGAGCGAGUUGGAAUGUAUUGACGUCAGAGGGAAGCUGGACACACACGCGCGUAGUUACGUGCACGCACGCCAGCGGGAUGUUGUGAUGUUCCGUCCUCCACUCUGUCUUGUGUCUCUCUGCUGAAGGGACGCGCGGGCACACAGCUCGAGACUCUGGAAUAAAUUGAGACAGGCAGGCAGUCAUGGGAAAAGUAUGUGCACUCAUGACCCGCGAGUGUGUAGCAUUAUGAAAGAAAUCGAGAGGGCGGCGCUGUCAAUUUCCACGUUCGAAUUCAGCGGUGACAUUAAGUGUGAGGCUGUGGAGUGACAGAAAGGACAGCUUACUGAACAGCUCGCAGUCACGGGGUAUUUGCACCACAAUGGUGACACCUCACACCUUGACACCUUGACACAACUAUUUGUUUUCCUUUUAUACCUUUCUGUAUUCCCUUCCAGCCCCUGAAGCCCUCCACUUCAAACCUUCCUCUACCCUCCUCUCUUCCCAAUCCCCUCUUUAUUUUAAACAUGGACAACUCUGGAGAGAUAAUCACAGCCCAGGAUGGACAUCUCGACCCCAGGUGCAGCCCUGGUCGCUCUGAUCUCAGCGGACUGUACCAUCUGGGUCGGACAUUGGGCAGGGGCCACUUUGCAGUGGUUAAACUGGCUCGUCAUGUUCAACACUGGCCAACUGGUGGCUGUCAAGAUGAUUGACAAGACAAAACUUGAUGUCAUGGCAACAAGCCACCUCUUACAGGAAGUGAGGUGCAUGAGGCGGGUGCAACAUCCCAACGUGGUUCGUCUCUACGAGGUCAUCGACACUGCCACCACCCUAUACCUGGUCAUGGAGCUGGCUGAGGGGGGUGACCUCUACGACUACAUCCUCCGUCAUGAGGGAGGUGUGGCUGAGGGCACUGCCAAGCGUCAUUUUGCCCAGAUAGUGCGCGCUGUGGCAUACUGCCACCAGCUCCAUGUGGUGCACCGCGACCUGAAGCCCGAGAAUGUGGUAUUCUUUCCCCAGCAGGGGGCAGUGAAGCUGACAGACUUUGGGUUCAGCAACUUAUUCCAACCUGGGACAAUGUUGGCCACUAGCUGUGGGUCGCUGGCAUACUCUGCUCCAGAGAUUCUGCUGGGAGAAGAGUAUGAUGCUCCAGCUGUCGAUAUCUGGUCUCUGGGGGUGAUCCUGUACAUGUUGGUGUGCGGAGUCCCUCCCUUUCAAGAAACCAAUGAUAGCGAGACUCUUGUCAUGAUUCUAGACUGUCGCUACUCCGUCCCCGACCGUGUUUCAGACAACUGCAGAGAUCUAAUCUCUAGGAUGCUUCAGAGGGAUCCAUCUCGCCGCGCCUCACUUAAGGAGAUCGAGGCUCAUGACUGGCUGCAGGGGUUAGAUAACGCACUACUCAGCCCGGAGGCCCCACCACACUGGCUCUCAGGGACUUUAUCUCCCAGCUCUCCCCGCUCAGGAGUGCCUGAGUGUGGAGACCUGCUUGCUGUGAGGCCCCCGCCUCAGCAGAAUCUGACUGGACCCUUGCAGGCCAGUCUUAGCUUCACCCUCCGUCCACCUCCGCCUGAGGAGCCUCCAGCUACCAAGAACCUGCCUGCGCUACAGCAGAUCUGUGAGGAGGAAGAGGAGGAAGAGGAGGAGGAAGAGAAGGGAAAAGAGGGAGAAAGUGUGACAUCUCUGUUAAUAGCACAACCAGAGAAAGAAGCCGAGGAGAUGCUUGACGAAGCAGAUAAUCAAGUCUGCGGAGGAGAGGAAGAAGAGUUAGGAAUCUCAGUGGAGAUGACAGUGGAGGAAGAGAAUGCAGUGGAGGACAAAGCAGAGACACAGAUGGAAAUAGAGAAAGAAGACAGUGGGUGUGUGAUUUCAGAUCAGCCAGUCAGUCAUGGAGACGUGCCGGUCAGUCAGACUCCUAAAGUCCCGCCAUCACCUCUGCUUGGUUUAGGGGUCCCGUGUUGUCAAGGGCAGCCAGACAUCACAACUACAGAGGAAGGAGAAGAGGAGGAGACAGAACCCAACAACAACACCAACAAACCCCCCCCCUCCUUCCUGACGUCCUCUGCCAGCCUUAAUUGCAAAGAGAUACCAAAGACAGAGAGAGAAGGGGAGCAAGAAGAAAAAACAGAGGCAGGGACAAGAGAUGACCUCUUAACAGACAGAUCGCAACCCCACUAUGCACUUGGGACUCGAGAUGAGGCUGCUCCGAGGGUGGAGCAGGGGAAACGACACAGCAUAAAGCUGCGAGACAGACUCUUUCAGUUCCCUCUGUGUGAGAAAGCCCUGGCCCUCAACAUACCAACACACAACAAGCCCAAGAUCCUCCCACUGUCCCAGUACAACUGCUGCCAUGUGCUGUGAGCAAAACCAGCCUGUGUGCUGUCUGUGAUGUGCUGCUUGAUCACUUGGGACAUACUAGGCUGUUUAGCAUGGUGGUGGCAGGUGAUUGACUAGUGAGCACAAACCCUGUGAAGUGGCAAACCACUGAGCUCCCUGCUAAGCCUCUCUGCUGCAGAGACCUUAGAGAGAGAGCAAAGGCCCUCAGCCCUCGGUGCACAGGAUGGGACAUGUACAGCUUCAUACCUACUAACACUUGGUUAAUGGCAUUGUGCUCAUGUAAUCAACAUUGUGUUAAGCUAGAGGAGGUGUAUAGCACAGUAGUCACACUUAGUAAAACCUCAUCCAUUUGCUGCUGUGUACAGUAGCAACCAUAGAACUAUGAGUAGACCGUGUUGAAUCUGUAGCUCAGAAACAAUACUGAACAGGAGAGAGGGAGACUGCAGAAAGAAGGCAGCAAAAGAUAGACAUAACGACUCAACAGUUUUUAUUGAAUAAGCUAUAGUCCGUGUUGUUUGUUCAAAAGGUGCCUACAGUGAUAAAAUGGUUUUCAUACAGUUUAUCGCCACUGUGUCAUUUUUGACUGUAAAAAGCUCUGAAAGCAUGUGCACUCAUAGAUUCAUAAUAUUCAUAUUUGAUAAUGUAUGAAUAAACUUUGAACCAGGCUCUGCUACAGAGUAGCACUCGUUUCCUCUUUCCUUUGCACAACCUGCUUCUCUUGGUUUAAAAGCCCUUAAUAUAAGCUUAAUAUAAAGAAAGACUGAGACUGUUAUAUGAUAUGAUAUGAUAUGAUAUGAUAUGAUACUAAAUAAUAUAUUGUCAAAGACUGAGAUGAUGAUAUGAUUUUCUGCUCUCUUAAUCCUAAAGUCUUAUCGAUAUAAUGUCCUAACCUACUGUAUGAUACUGUUUAUAGGAUCAUUAAUCAUUAAUUGGGAUGCAGGUCUUCCAUGUUAUUUGAAGCUGUUAUGUUUUUAAUUAUACUGAACAUUUGAAUAAUAAUUGAUCAUAACAGUUUUAUUUUGGAUGUGCAGAUAUGAAGUUUCUUUUUUAUUAUGUGACAAAGAUAUUAAUUCUCUGAAGAGAUAUGUGACUUUGUGCAUGUUAUUACUGUUAUUUAUCACAAUAUACCUCCAUUUGUCAAGGAUCCAACAGGACAUUUUUGUGUAACUGUACCUUGAGAUAACCUACUGAAUGAUGCAUAGCACAUAGUACAACUAUUGUAGCUGGUAGCCUUCUACAAGCAGUAUCCUGGGAUUGGAUAGAUUUGUUGGACAUUUUGACCAAAUAUGAGUGACACUGUGUAGCUGCGAGUUCCUCCACAUGGUAUUAUUUUACCACUUAAGUAUAUUUUCACAUACAGUAUUUCUGCUCUUUUGAACCUCUGAGAAACAGUGUAAGUUUGUAGAGUAACAGAAGGCCAAAGCUACAUUUUCCUCUUCUAGUUCAGUAAACAGAGCUUAUUCCUGUUUCCUGCUUCAUGGGUACAACGAAUUAGAUUUUUAACUUGUGAUCUGUGACCAGAUGAUCCUUGGCUUUAUAAGGAGCAGAUGUCACAUGAAAUCUGAUUAAUUACUCAUAUUUCAUCAGUCAUAAAAUCUGUGCAGAAGAGGGAUAAAAUCCCAUUAUUUCUUCCUGUGUGAUUGCAGCCUAUCUCCCCUUAGUGUGUCUGUGUCUACUUACCUGCAAUAUAACUAGGACUAUGUCUGUAUGGAGCCAUGAACUUAUUUUUCUGUAUUUAUUUAUUAAAACUGAUUAAAUCAACAA